AUGUUAAAUCAGUCGGCAGAAGUUUCCCCCAUUAAGAGGGAUAAUGAAGAAAGUCGGCCUUUAGUUAAAAUGUGUGGAAUUACAACAGCCAGAGAUGCUGGUCGGGCAGCAGAAGCUGGAGCUAACUUUAUUGGGAUGAUUCUUUGGCCCAACGCAAAACGUUCUGUUUCACUUGCUGUAGCAAAGGAAAUUUCAAGAACUGCACGGGAAUAUGGAGCAGAACCUGUUGGGGUAUUUUUGGAUGAUGAUGCCAAGACAAUAUCAAGAGCUUCUGAUGCAGCUGACCUUGAACUUGUGCAGCUUCAUGGAGAUGGUUCUCGUGCUGCUCUUCCAAUUUUAGUGAGAGAAAACUGUGUAAUAUUUGUUCUUCAUGCCAAUGAAGACGGAAGCAUUUUGAACCAUAUUUCUGAUCAAGAAUGUUCUUUGGUGGAUUGGAUUCUUGUUGACGGUGCAAAAGGUGGCAGUGGUAAAGGGUUCAAUUGGUCCCAGUUCAAGCUACCACCAAUUAGAAGUAAAUAUGGGUGGCUCUUGGCCGGAGGGAUUAACCCUGAAAUUGCACGCGAAGCUCUUUCUACUCUUAGACCGGAUGGCAUUGAUGUCAGCAGUGGCAUUUGUGGUCCAGAUGGAAUUCAAAAGGACAAGUUACGGAUUUCAUCCUUCAUGAGUGCAGUAAAUUCCGUACAAUAUUGAUCGAUCGUGAGAACCCAAAUUUGCCAAGAAAACUUGGUGAAUCUAGAAUACAUAUAAAUUGUUGUUUCGAGCAGUAGUCUGUUGUGGCUUGUAAUACUUGAUUACAAAGACCUUCACUGAUUCAAUAAAGAAAUGUUCACUUUUUCCUUCUUUUUUUUCUCUAGGGAAGCGGGAGUUUGGUAUGUACCCUUUACCGGUUCAUUAAAAAAAAAAGGGAUAUAUAAUAGAAUAUAUCAUGCACGUACAUAAAUAUGCCCUUGGG